UAAGGUUUCGAUUCAGACCUGAACGCAACUUAACAAUUUCCAUUAAGCAUUUCUUUUCAGUUUCAUAAAGUGAAGAGAUGGCAAUUUGAUUUGUAAUAUUUAAAAUUCGACCCAUUCAAGGAAACGCUUAAUCUCUUCGUUGUGUUGUAUUAAUUUAAAAACAUUCUCAACAGUUGUGAGAUCAAUUCUUGAAAAUUGUUUCUCCCUUAGCCGGGAUAUGUAAAGGCCGAGCAGUUUGUCAAGAUAACGCUGUUCGUGAGCCGAGAAGUUUCUUACCCGAGGGCGAGUCGGCUAGGAUAAAAGAAGAUUAAUUCAAGAAAAAAGAGAGGCGUUUUUAUUUAUUGAAGAAAGAAGAGAAUCGACAUUUGUUUUGUUUCGGCGAGGCGAAGCGUGUGUGAAUGUAAGUUUUUUUAUCGCCGCGAAAUGUUCGUGAAGAACAAAUAAAAAAAUUUAAAAAAGCGAAAGUUAACUGUUGUCUCGUUCAUUUUCAACGGGAUUAAUGGCUGAGGAAGAGUACGUGAAACCGACAUUCGUUAUUCAACCGUUUCGAGUAUUCGCGUGUCCGGGUACGGUACGAUCGAAGUUUCCGCCGUGACGUGGAUAUUUCUAAAAAAUUAACGUAUUAUUCUAUCUUUAAAAAAAUCGAACUCGUUUUUGGCAUCACCGCGAUAACGGUCGUAUAACAAUCGUAAUCGGUCAAGCAGUUUUUAGGUGAAUCUCAUAUGGUUUAUCAUUUCUCCUAUUUGUUGAGAUUCACCGUUUGCGUAACUGCUGUUCGCUUCUUGCUUUGAAUUAUCGCGAAGGUAACCAGAAAUAUGCAGCAGAUGAGCUUGUUGGAUUCGCCCAUUGGCCUUUUUAAGUACAUACAAUUUCUGCAUACAAAAGUAUCUCUUUCCAAGAAAAGAUGUCAUCAAGGAAAUCCACCCGAGACAGAUCACCAAAAUCACGACUUCGAAUGGAUUCUUACCAGAACAGAAAUGGACGAGGCAAAGGAUCCCCGAGGCACAGAGAAAGAGAAAUUGACAGUGUUAUGAAAAAGGCGAGGAGUCAGAGAAGCGGCAGUCAAAGUACUUAUUGGAAUAAAAAGCUACUCGAGGCCGAAGAAAAAGAUCCUAACAGAUGGAGACAUAGUGGUUACAAAGAAUUAUAUCAUGGGGAGAAAAGGACUUCUAGAUCACAAUCAGGCACUGAUUCGUUAUCAAAGUCAAAAUCAAGAUCCAGAUCAGUUUCAUCAGGCAAAUCAAUUGUCAAAAGUCGGCUGUCACCCAGGCAUAGGCCUAGGUCACCGAGAAGAGACUCGAGAGCGAGGUCACCCCAGGAAAGAAACUGGUCUCCGAGACAUCGAGAGCGAGGCCGCCUUUCAUAUUCUAGUGGUAGAUCACCAAGAGAUACUCGAGACUCUCCGCGCAUUGAUACAAGACCAAAAUCGCCACACCGUUCUCCAAGAAGGGAAUCUGUUGACAGAAAUGUCAAAAGUUCAAGAGCACAUUCUUCAAGAAGGGAUUCAAGAGGGUCAAUGAGGAGUCCUGAACGGUCAAGAUCACCCAGGGGGCGUAGAAGAUCUCCCAUUCCAAGAACUCCUCCUAAACGACCUCCUUCUCCUAGAUCUAAGUGUCGUUCAGAAAGUUGUUCUUCUGAUACAAGCAGCAGCUGUUCCAAUGAAUCAUGCUCCGUUUGUUCUCCAAAGAGAAAAGGUUCAAAUGAAAGGGACGAAAGGGAUACAAAGAGGCCAAAAUCUAGAGAUAAAAAUUCUCUUGAGAGAAAUCGUCAUGAAAGAUUGAAGAAUCGACCUGCUGUUCGUUCAAGGUCAAGAUCUUUUUCAGCCCAGAGAUCUAGAAUUGGUAAAUUAGCAAGGAAUAGGCGCAAAAUGAUUCCCGAUAAAUCUGUAUUAAAGGUUAAUCGGUCUCACUACAUUAAAGUGGAAUCUGACUCAGACUCAAGCAGCAGGGAGAGUGUGAGUGCUGUAGGAGUAGUCGCCAAUGGGCCUCGAAUCAGCCUUUCCGAGCGUUUUGGCCGAAUGGCACAAUGGUCUGUAGAUAGAGAUCUGGAGCUUCGCAACUUGAGAAUCACUGCUGACCGUGACAGGCUUACUGUCGAAAUGGACAACCCACCAUCUCCACUAUAUCCUCCAAGUUUAUCUUCGCUUACUGAUCUCGGAUCAUGGGAUGAUGUGAGAGUGCGUUACACCUAUUAUAAAGAGCACGGUUACCUCAGGGAUUUGACUCUUCAGGACUACAUCAAGUGGGAGCAAUGGUGGUACAAAUACCAAGAUUGGCUUGACAGCGACAGGUAUGAUAGGUACAAUUACUAUAGAAGACGGCUUUGAUAAGAUUUCUUUAGUUCACUAUGUUGAAUCUCUUUAACCAAGAAAACCGUGUGUUUUUAUUAAUAUCGUCAAAACGUUUUCAUUUUUAUUUUAAAAUAAAACAAUUAUAAAGGAAAUUGUAAUAAAUAGUUAUAAUCAAAUAUAAUUGCACUAAUUGUUAAAAAAAAUAUUAUAAGGUAUUUUAAAUCAGUACUGUUUAACUGAUUACUUCUUCAGUGGAAACAUGAAACUAAAGAAAGUUUGAUUUUUAAUUUCUUUACAUAAAGAAACUAGAAAUAUUUUAGAAAAGUUUUUUUUUUAAUAUGGCUAAGGUUUGAUCUUUUUACGUUCUCCUAAGUUGGUUAUAAUACAAAUAAACUAGAAAAAAAAAAAUAAACAGAUUACUCUUGAUGAAAGAAUUUUUUAUUCUUCCAUUUAAAUGUAAAAACUUAGAAUAAUUAAAUUUCAAUUUUACUCUUUAAGGUUUACAUGUAGGUUGAUAUGUGCCAUAAAUUAUUCUGCAAUUAAAAGGCAUUUUUAAAAACAAAACAAAAACUUGUAUUACUAAUUAAUGAGUAAUUUUACAUUGUACCUUCAGUGAUAUGUCUAAGUAUACUGGCAUAAUGGUAUUUGUAAAAAUUGAAACAAUUGGUAUUGUUUCAGGAUUAUAGCAUAAUAAUAUUAUUUCUUUUUAAAAAAUUACUUCACUUCUGAUUUGAAGUCAUUUCACGAGUAUUGAUAAAGUUUUUGCAAAUUUGCUUAUACAUAUAUGACAGUAGCUGAUGUCUGUCAAUGUUGUUAAUUUUUUUUUUUUUUUUUUUUUGAGUAAUUG